AUGAGACUGCGCUUGGCGGGCUUUUGGAUUGGUGUGGCUCGGCACAAUGCAUAUCAACACGGUAGUCGAAGUGCCCCCCGGGCUCUGUCGUACCUGAGCACUCGCGCGCACGUUGUACCACGGAUCAGAGCAGCACCAAGAUCAGAUCGCAUCCAGACCCGAAGCCAGAAUCUUUCAUACUGUGAUCCUGGAUGGCAGGUAGUGGGACUCUCUCACAGUACCACUCGAAGACUAUCGAUCACCCAGCGCCGUGCUCAAGUCUUUAAGCCAGAUGGAUCGUUCGCAGUCGGCGCGGAGCCAGGAUUCGACCUCAACGGCAAUGCUCAGGUCGAGGAUGCUCAGGUCGAGGAGGCUGAUGCACAGAUCAAGAUCAUCGAUUACUCUGCCGACCGCGUUGUGGACCAAGACGUAGGUGCGGACGACCUCAAACAUUUCCUGAGUACUCAACCCAAGCCAGACUGGGCGACAUGCCGUUGGGUAUACGUCAAUGGUAUCAGCAGAAAUGUUGUGCAUACACUGGGUCAGGCCUACGAUCUUCAUCCACUGACCCUCGAGGAUGUGAUGAACACCGACAACCUUGCCAAAGUGGAUUGGUACGACGACCAUUUCUUCUUAGAGCUUACACUUCAGAAGCUCGUGGAUGUUGUCGAGCACGACAACUCGCCACAGACCUCUGCCUUAUCUCACGGUGCGCACCGCAAGCGUUUUACAUAUGCUGCAGAUAGCUCCAACGACGCAGAUGUAGUGCAGCAACUUGACAAGCCAGGACGACAUCUGUACCAAAGGUUCAACAUGUCCGUCGAGCAGGCAAGUGUCUAUCUCACUGCAAGCGGGACCGUCAUCACCAUAUUCGAGCGAUCUGGAGAAGAUGUGUUCAAACCUAUCUAUAACCGUCUACAAUCACCACACACAGUACUUCGUUCUGGCGAUGAUCCAUCUAUGCUCGUACAGGGAGUGCUCGAUGCUGUGGUAGACAUGGCAGUGCCGGUCGGGAGAGCAUUUGAGGAUGCGUUUACCGAGUUAGAACUUGCCGUGCUUACGAAGCCAUCGAUCACACUUUCACGACAAGUCUACGUACUCCGGGCAGGUCUGGCAUCCUUCUUGGAUCUGCUCGUACCGAUAGGCGGUCUUGUCAGGGCGCUGUACGAUCAUCGAAACGUAGCACAACAGCCACCUGGAGCCGGACCAAUACCAACAGAGGCGGGAGCAAAGACACGCUCGCCAGACUUUGCCAGUCAGGCUGUUUCGCCAUUGACCCAAGCCUACCUCAAGGACGUUCAAGAUCACAUCACUACACUUACAAGUAGUACGCACAUGAGGAUUCGUUCCGCUGAGAACCUGACUUCUUUGAUAUUCAACACAAUUGCGGCUCGACAGAACGAGAGUGUGCGACAGCUCACGCUUGUGUCGAUCUUCUUCCUACCUCUCACUUUUUUGACAGGAUACUUCGGCAUGAACUUCGACCCGAUGCCGGUUGUGCAAGAACAUAGCGACGAGUUCUUCUGGUUCAUCGCAUCACCCGUCAUGGGAGUCACGCUAGCAAUACUAAUGGUGAGGCCUGCAGCACGGAAGCUCAGCGAGUGGCGGCGCAUGGCCUGGAGACGUCGGCGUCGAUGA